UUCCGGACUAGCUGGGGAUAUCGAUGCCGCCACGACGGCCGCCUUUAACCAGAUGCUGUGGCUGCCCUACCUCGGCCAGAUGGGUCAGUUCGCGCCGGAUCUGCUUAAGGCCAUGAUGAACCUACCAGGAACUGCGUCAGCGGCUACCGUGGCUGCGGCGGCUGCUGCUGUAGGAGGAGCCGCCGCGGGUUCUGGCGCAAACAGCCUCGCGGAUAUGUUGCCAUUUAUGGGCCCUCGAUUCCAGGACUUCUGUGGGUUACCACCAUCGACGGCGACCGCUAGUCCGAUGGAGUACAAACGGCAGCUUGAGCUGGCUAUGCUGCAAGAGGCAAUGACGACGGCUAAUCUGCAGCAGCGAAAACAACAAGAAGCCGCUCAAAAGAAGGCGGCUGCUGCGGCUGCAGCCGCCGCGGCGGCUACGGCGCACGUGGACCGGAAACCCAUCAUCGGACAAAAGACGCUCGAGCAACAGCGCUCCGUGGCGGCAGUUACGGCUGCGGCGAAUAUGUUCCAGAAGAAAGCGGCUGCUGCAGCAGCCGCCGCAGGGAUUUUUAAUCCGCUUUCGAUACCACAGUUCAUGAAUCCUCCAACGAUGUCCCACGGUGCUGGGAAUCGGUACGGUAGCAGUGGGGCUGGUGCUGGUGGCGGGAGCUCUCGAACUACCGCUCAGUCCAUGCUGCAGCAACAACAACAACACCAACAACAGCUCCAGCAACAACAGCAACACCAGUCGUUCAGUCCGAGUGGGUUUAAGAACAUGGCUAACCUUAUGAACCAAGCAGCUGCGGCAGCGGCUGCUUCCGGUGGUCGCCAGCAUUCAUCCUCGGGAAGCUCUCAUCGGCAGCAACUCUCGGCAAUGCAAAAAGCCAAGCUUCAGCAACAGCAACAACAACAGCAGCAACUCCAACACCAAGCCAAUCUCAACGCUGCCGGAAUGUUCGGCUCAGCGGCUGGGAAUUCGUUCUUCAACCUGCCCUCCAACUUCCAGGAGUUUCACGAGCAGCAACAACAGCUGGCUCGAAAGCUUCAGAAGGAGCAGCUGCACCAGCAGCAUCAACAGCAGCAACAGCAGCAUCAUCACCAUCAUCAGCAACAACAGCAGCAACAGCACUCCCAACUACAACAGUUGCAUCUUCAGCAGCAGCAGCAGCAACAGCAACAACUCUUACAGCAACAAAUGCAACACCAUCAUCAGGAGGAAACGAAACCGAGGGUGACGUGUAAGUCGUUGAUGAAUUUGCUGCAGCCAGAGAAACAACAACAGCUGCACAAACAGUCUGGCAAUGGUGGUAACAGUGCAGGAGGAAACAGCGCCUCCAGCAAGCUAGCCAACCUGAUGGCCAUCCCUGGUAUGGACCUGUACACGGCGCAACAACACGAGCAGUUGCAGCAACAAAUGUUCCUACAACAACAGCAGCAACAGCAGCAGCAACAACAACAGCAACACCAUCAUCAGCAGCAUCAACAGCAGCACAACUUCCUUCAGCAACAGCAACAACACCAGCAGCAUUUACUACAACAAGCCGGCAACGCCAGUAGCAGCAUGCAUCAGCAAGCCAAGCUAAAAGUGAAACCUGGUCUACAUCUGCUGGAUCCUGCAGCCGUUCAGCGGCGUCUACUCAACACGGAUGAGCUGGCAGAAGUCGGCAGCACAACGAACGGGCUGGACGAUACGACGGAUCUGUCGUCUCCGCUGUGGCAUCCUCUGUUCGGCAGCGCCCAAAAAGGACUUGCAGCCGCAGCAGCAGUUGGUGCCGUUGGAGUCAACCCGACGGGAGCAAACGCCACGGGUCUAUCGCUCGGAAGCGCCAGUUCGUCCGGUGGUGGAAGCGGUUCUGGUGCGUCCAGUGCCAGCGGUGGUGGAUCGGGCAGCGGUGGAGGUGCAAGUGGUGGAGGUGGAGCGGGAUCAGGAGGAGGAGGAGGAGGUGCGAGCAGCUAUCACAGUCCCUGGCAAUGGACUACGAUCACGGCAUCGGGCGAAUGA